AUGAGCGCUCGGAACCGACGUGAUCAAGAAAACAGGGAGCUGGAAUCGCUUGCACAAUGCCUACCGCUGGCUUCUGCAAUAACAUCUCAGCUUGAUAAGUCAAUGAGCGCUCGGAACCAACGUGAUCAAGAAAACAGGGAGCUGGAAUCGCUUGCACAAUGCCUACCGCUGGCUUCUGCAAUAACAUCUCAGCUUGAUAAGGCAUCGAUUAUACGUCUGGCAACCGCAUAUUUGGCAUUGCGGAACGUGUUACAGCCGCCAAUGAGUUACGUGCAGGACGGAAAAUUCGAGAUGGGAUCGUUUCUGCUACAGACACUUGACGGUUUUGUAGUAAUUUUGGAUGCCACUGGUAAGAUGAUAUAUAUCUCCGAGACCGCUUCGGUCCACCUUGGCCUUUCGCAGGCAUCGAUUAUACGUCUGGCAUCCGCAUAUUUGGCAUUGCGGAACGUAUUACAGCAGCCAAUGAGUUACGUGCAGGACGGAAAAUUCGAGAUCGGAUCGUUUCUGCUACAGACACUUGAAGGUUUUAUAGUAAUUUUGGAUGCCACUGGUAAGAUGAUAUAUAUCUCCGAGACCGCUUCGAUCCACCUUGGCCUCUCGCAGGUUAAUACUUUUUUCGAUGUUCUGCAGCAGUUGUAAAA